AUGGCUGAAGUACACACGCCCUUCUUAAAGAAACUGUUGUCUUUAUUCAAUGGCUUCGUGGCUGUGUCUGGCAUGGUCCUCACCGGACUGGCUCUUGGGGUCACGUAUGGAGAGGCCACACUGACAAAGGUCCUUGGGAUGUCCUCUGCCUACCUCUUUCACUUUGGUUAUCUGAGCCUGGGAAUGGGAUGCAUCACCAGAGUGCUCAGCCGGGGGUGGUAUGGAAUGACGAUGAAAAACAGAGGCAUGCUCCUGACUUGUUUCCUGCUCCUGGUUAUCAUUGUCAUCCUGGAAGUGGUGAUGGCCUCCGUGGUGCUUGUAUUCUUCCCACUUGGGCCACGGGACAGAAAGCCCACCCUUGUGACGACCGGCCACACCUACCCCAGGGGCUGUUGUAAAUCCGUAGGUACUGCGAACUGUGACGGGUACAAUGUGUCCUCGGAUGUCAUCUACCAGGAGAAAACAGGCUUUCGGGAAGAUGCCAGGGAAGCAAGGGUAAAAACUGCAGACCUGCCCAUAUCUUUGGCUAGCAGUCAGUUCACGAGCAGGUUCAAGGCCAAGCUGGUGGACCUGAGCUAG